UGUGGUGUAAAACCCCUCCUUUCUCCGCUGCUGCUGAACUAUAUAAAUCACUUCUGUCGCGGCUUGAAACCAAGAUACAGCGACCUGCAGAGUUAAAGCUGACAGAUCAGACCUCUGCUGCUGAGAGAAACCACCUGUCGCUCGGACUCCACACCUGCAACCUCCAAAGUCUCCUCAAAAUGGUCGUGAUGCUGAAGCCCUGGACAGUGCUGGUGGCCGUAGCACUGUGUGUGCUGGUGUGUCUGGGAACACUGGCGGACGCCUACCCCCCCAAACCUGAGAACCCCGGCGAAGACGCCCCGCCCGAAGAGCUGGCCAAGUACUACACCGCCCUGAGACACUACAUCAACCUGAUCACAAGGCAGAGGUAUGGAAAGCGUUCAGCUCAGGAGGACAUGGUCGCAGAGCUCCUGUUUGGUGCCGACAGCAACAGAGACCAGAGGUCAAGAUAUGACGAUUCCUACAUGUGGUGACUCCGCCCUCCCUCUCCCUCUUCAUCCGGCAUUCCCUCUGAGUGUGUCCCACAAUGCACCUGGAGGGGCCGACAUGUGCCUCUGACCUCCAACCCCUGAAUCCAACCCCAACCAAUGGCCAUCACUGGCCAGAAUACAAGCUCUCUCUGUCUUUCUUGUCACUGUCUCACAUCUCACUGAUUACAACAUAUUUAUACAUAAUUUAUUAUUGAAAUAAAAAAAAACAUAUAUAUACAUAUAUAUAUGAGAUUAGUGCUACUAAUCAGAAGGUGGAACUGUGUCUGUGUGUGCGUGAGCAUAAAUGUCCCUCUACUGUCGAACCAUCUGUUUAGAGGAGAAAAGUCUUCUUUUACUGUUGCUCCUGUAAAAAGUAACAUCUGAAUAAAUUAAUGAAAACA